ACUCCGCCGUGUCGUGCGGUAUACGCGGAUACGUUAAAACCUGUGCACGUCCGUGUGCAAGGCCACGAAGCAAUAAUUGAGUAAGCAUAAUGCAGGCAAUUGGUCACUGUGAGGGGAUCUGGGACUGCUGGCGAGCAGCGACCGGGCUACAAGUGUUAUCGUGGGCGGCGAGUGCGACGACGACGUCGACAGAUCUGGAGCGACAAAGUUGAGCACGAGGCGGGCCUGGACGAGCGUUUGCGGCAGGCGGCGCUGGCGACUGGAGUCGGCGCCAUAGAAGGACGUCUGCGGACGCAGAAGGGCGGCAACAGCCAGGCCAGCAGGCGCCGCGCUUUAUGCAACCAGUCGGCACGCUAGCUGCCGCGCCAGCUCAGCUCCGUCUCGUUUCGUUCGGUCGGUGCUGGUGCUGUUUUUCCCUCUCGAUUCGCUUGGUCCGUGCGCCGCGGGUCGCGGCGGUGGCCACCACUCCGCCAAGCCAGCUUCUGCUGCUGGCUGGCGCUGCAUCGGCGCUGCGCGCGCCUCAUGCGCCCUAGCCUACAAGCAAACAAGAGCAGCGACAAGUCGCGAGUAGAAGCGGCUGCUCGAGCUUGACUGGCGAGUGCGCGCGUGCCGCCUGGUGCUGCUGUCACAGCCACAGUCGCUGCCGUUAUCGUUGCUACUGUUGCUGCUACUACUACUCCCGUUGCAUGACACUCAAAGGGCCUGUGAAACAGCGCGAGAGCUAGCUGUGCCAAGGUGGACACUGCAGCUACAGCGGCAACGGCGCGCUAGUCUCCCGGGCGGUGUCCCCUCUCGACUCUCCACACCGCUGUCGCUGCCGGCCCCAGCAUGGCGGACGACGAGGUUCUCUUCGACGACGUUUACGAGCUUUGCGAGAUUAUCGGCAGGGGCCCGUUCAGCGUUGUGCGGAAAUGCAUUCACCGUCAGACCGGACAGACCUUUGCUGUUAAAAUCGUUGACGUGGCAAAAUUUACCUCAAGCCCAGGGCUCAGCACAGCGGAUUUGAAACGGGAAGCGACAAUAUGUCACAUGUUGAAGCAUCCGCACAUCGUGGAAUUGCUAGAAACAUAUAGCUCCGAAGGAAUGUUGUACAUGGUUUUUGAAUACAUGGAUGGAUCAGAUUUAUUUUUCGAAGUAGUAAGACGUGCUACAGCUGGUUUUGUUUAUAGUGAAGCUGUAGCAAGUCACUACAUGCGUCAAAUUUUGGAAGCUUUGCGGUAUUGUCAUGAAAAUGACAUAAUUCAUCGAGACUUAAAACCACAGUGUGCUCUCCUUGCCGGCAAGGAGAAUUCAGCUCCAGUGAAACUACGCGGAUUUGGCGUGGCAGUGCAGUUGCCAUCUACGCAAACUAAUGGUGUUGAAUGUUACACAACCGAGUAUCGGCCGUACCUGAGCCCAAAGGGACAGGUCUACUUGAAGGUCGACAAUGAGGGGCGCAUUGGAUGUCCGCAUUUCAUGGCACCGGAAGUGAUACUGCGCAGACAGUAUGGAAAGCCAGGAGACGUCUGGUCCGCAGGUGUAUUUCUGCACAUUCUUCUCACCGGUACACUUCCAUUCGUUGGCUCGCGCGAGCGCCUUCGCGAGUCAAUCUGUCGAGGAAGAGUAAAGAUGGACUCGGCACUAUGGGACCCGAUAAGCGAAGCUGCAAAAGAUUUGAUUCAACGUAUGCUGACCACAGACGUCAAUCACAGGAUCACCAUACAGGAAGUUCUCAACCAUAAAUGGCUCCGCGACCGUGACAAAGGUGUAGCGAGGAUACAUCUGGGCGACACCAUUGAGGAAUUGAAAAAAUUGAAUGCAAGGCGAAAAUUAAAGGAGGCGGUGAAAGCAGCAGUGUCCUCGCCGAAAUGGCACACUCCGUAUUUAGAAGCGAACGGCGACAGUUACUAUGAGGCAGCGGACGAAGAGGUCAUUUGCACAGGAGCCAUUGCCGAAAUUCUGGACUCAUUGGACGACAUAGAAGUGCUGCAGGAAAGUGGCAGACUAAGUAGAACGGAAGUUCUGGCGGCAGUCGACGACAAGAGACUGCGCGCAUUGUUGGAGAUUUACGACAGUAUUGCAACGCAUGUGUCAUCGCCUUGUCGAGCGCCUCAGACAGAUGCAGUACAGAGGGCUUACGAAGUCGAAGAGCUUCUUAGAGGAGCCGAAAGAUCCUCCUCAAGAAAUAUCGAUCGCAGUGAUCUUCGAGAACUUCAGCAGCUGAUUGGCCAACCUCAUUUCAAGGCUCUACUUCAGGCACAAGAUGUAACAGGCCAAGAAGUGUAUGGAGAAGAUGCAAAAAGGGCCACCCCGCCACCAAUAUUUCCUUACCUUAAUGGAGGCGACGAUCUUGAAGGGCCAAAUGGCGACCUUGAAUUGGAAAAUGUUACGAGAGUUCGAUUGGUUCAGUUUCAGAAAAACACAGAUGAGCCUAUGGGCAUAACAUUGAAAAUGAAUGAGGACGGAAAGUGUAUUGUUGCAAGAAUAAUGCACGGAGGAAUGAUUCAUAGGCAAGCUACUUUGCACGUUGGUGAUGAAAUUAGAGAAAUUAAUGGAAUAGCCGUAGCUAAUCAAUCAGUGACUGCCUUACAGAAGAUUCUACGAGAAGCACGCGGAUCAGUCACAUUCAAGAUUGUGCCAUCAUAUAGGAGUGCGCCGCCUCCCUGCGAGGUACAAUUGUUCAGGAUUAGGCCUCUUCCAGUGUUAAUUUUUGUUCGUGCACAAUUUGACUACGAUCCACUUGAAGACGAUCUCAUACCGUGUGCUCAAGCCGGUAUUUCAUUUAGAACUGGUGAUAUUUUACAAAUAAUUAGCAAAGACGAUCAUCACUGGUGGCAAGCUCGUAAAGACCAAGCGGGAGGCUCGGCCGGUCUCAUACCAUCACCUGAAUUGCAAGAAUGGAGGAUCUCUUCCAUGGCUAUGGAAAAAAAUAAACAGGAGCAAGACGCUGAAGGACACGGAGGAUGCUCAUCUCAUGCUGAAGGAUGUGACGGCUCGACAGUGAACUGUUCAAUAUUCGGCCGCAAAAAGAAGCAAUACAAGGAUAAAUAUUUAGCAAAGCACAACGCAGUCUUCGAUCAAUUAGACUUAGUGACGUACGAAGAAGUGGUGAAGCUCCCUUACUCUGCCUUUCAGCGUAAAACUUUAGUAUUACUCGGAGCACACGGCGUUGGGCGAAGACACAUAAAGAAUACGAUUAUCGCUAAGCAUCCCGACAAAUAUGCGUAUCCCAUUCCGCACACAACGAGACCUCCGCGUAACGACGAGGAGAACGGGCGCAAUUAUUACUUCGUGUCGCACGAGGAGAUGAUGGCAGACAUUGCCGCGAACGAAUACCUCGAGUACGGCACGCACGAGGACGCGAUGUACGGGACGAAGAUAGAGACGAUCCGGAAAAUCCUGGAAGAGGGCAGGCUAGCCAUCCUCGACAUCGAGCCGCACUCCCUGAAAGUACUGCGCACGGCCGAGUUCGCGCCGUACGUGGUCUUCAUAGCGGCCCCGGCUCUGCAAAAUCUCGCCGACUACGACGGCAGCCUGGAGCGCCUGGCCAAGGAGUCGGACAUGCUGAGGCAGGCUUACGGUCACUUUUUCGACUUGACCAUCGUCAAUAACGACAUCGACGAGACGAUCGCUCAGCUGGAGGACGCCAUCGAGCGACUACACACGACGCCCCAGUGGGUGCCGGUGUCGUGGGUGUACUGACAGCGAACGUCCCCGACUUGUGCCGCGGUCUACUCGGCGGAUUGCAAUGGAUCUUCGAAGGGCAAAUAGUCACUAAAAUCAACAACCAAUUAUCUUAAGUUAAACGUGCAUGAUGGCGAAUGGAGCAGAUUAACCUAGACACGAUAGUAGAUCAAUUUCAGGCGUCAAAAUCAAGAGUUAGUGAGUAAUGUAAUAAGAGCAAUUGACAUAGCGAUGUGUAUAUGAAUACGUAUUUGUAUGUGUAAAUUCAUAUAUACAUAUACAUAUACAUACAUACAUACGUACAUAUAUAUAUAUAUAUACAUAUAUAUAUAGAUUACUCUAGACCAAUCAAAUAUAAAUAUUAUUGCCACAUCUGGCAUUGACGAUUGUGAAUGCUGUGAACGAAUGGGGCUGCGUGUUCAUAUACUUACGUAUAGUAAUAUAUUAUAUUAUACAUACUCAACGAUAGAACAUUAGGAGUGUAUGUGCAAAGCCAACAAACCUUGUGAUUAGUAUUUUCGAUUUGGCAUUUACUACGAUUAACCGAAAGAAAUCGUUCUCAUAAUACAUAUUAGAGAAGAAUAAAUAUAAUUCUUCGAGCUCUUUUUCCGCGUUUUCGACGGAAGCCCUUAAUAAUAGACAACAAUCUGCACAACUUGACGCGUUCGUCAUUACUAUUCUCAUCGUCAUCAUCGUUAUCGCACAUACACCGACAAACAGUUCUUCCUUGUCGUCAAACCAAAUAAAGAAUUCGCACGCUACGCGCUCUUACGUUGGGAUCGAUAGCUUCUUCAAUUUGAUUCCCUUCGACCAACGCAAAGCUAAUCGCAUUCUAGCGCAUCAUCGGAGCGGAUCUUUAAAACCAAAUGGCUGGAAAAUUACCACUGUUCCGCGAUCCUUUCCUCAACUAUAAUCUACUUUUAAUGCAGCCUUCUCAUUACGAGGAGUGCAGAUUUUAUUGCAAUAAAAACAAAGCAUCUGAUAGCCGCUGAUUGAAUCCGAUUAACUAAGCGACCGUCGCAAAUACUCUGUAAUUUUAGGAAAGUAGAAGCGUUAUCUAUUUAAAGAUGCAUUUUUCGUAGCACUUCCACACGAUUAACCAAUGACUUACGCGGCACAUUUCAAUUCCGAUCAAUUAUU